UCACUGACGUAACAGGCUGUUUUGGCAUCAAAGGGCGUAGACUGAAUCAAUCCUCUCCUUCUCUGACUUCCUCAGGUACUAGGAAGCUGGCCCGAAGAUGGACAUUUCUCAAUCCCCGCUCAUUUUGGCCUCUAAGAAUACAGUAUAACAUAACACAUUUAACCUCAGGCUUUUUCCCCCUUGAAAGUCAAAGAUUAAAUUGGCAUUUGUCAAUCCACCUACCUACUUCUUGCAGCUUACUGCAAUCACUGAAUCCCUUGACACCAAAAAAAGCUGUGCGCUUGAACGGUCCAGAAGCCUGUCUGAGAAUGCAACCACAUAACAUGGAAAUCUGCUUUUUAACAUGAAGUUAUAAGAAUUCAGCUAUUCUUGUCAAGCAGGGGGAGUCUUACCUUGUUGCAGAUGCUAAGGGGGUAAGCAUAGCCUGCUGCAGAGGCCUCUUUUAUACUGGGCCAUUGUCCUUGGUGAGAAUCCUCCUUCCUUUCCAUGGGCAUGCAUUGUUUGAGCUGCAUGAACCAGUUGUCCAUGGAUAACUCCAUUAAGCACAAGGUACUCUAUGGUUAUAUUUAGGCCUACCACUCGCACACUAUAAUAUGUCACAUUUCCAUUCAAUAAAGAACCUGACAUCAAUGCAUUAUUAACCACAACCAAAAGAGAUUGCAACGAACUGUGACCGUUUAGCUCUAUGCUCAGUGAUCUGGUCAUAAGUUUCUCUCUCUAUACAUACAUAUAAUAUAUUGUAUAGAGCCACGGAUAGUAAUGACAAUAUUACAUGAUACUCCUAAUAUUUCACGGAUGACAAACUAGCUGAAAUACUGUAACUUACAUAUAAAGAUGAUAUAGUAACAAAAGCCAAAAGAUAGGGGGGGAAACAUUUUCGCCAGUAAUAUCUGUCAAAGCAUUCAUCUGCUGUUGUUGAGAAGAGCCUUUGAAAAUGACCCCAAAGUAUGAGUUGUGCUCAGUAGGCACUUUGGACACACUCGCUAUUCAUACAUCCAGGUUGUUGCAUUAAUCAAGAUCCAACUUCAUAGACUCGGCUACAUUUAACAUAAAGUAGGGGUACUCGACUAAAUAUUCCAUUUCAGACUUGACAUUGGCCAAAGACAACUUUACGUACCAUAGUUACAGUAUGAGCAAACUAUAUAAAUGAUGGGCUAAUAGAUUUGUCCCUUUUUCCUCUACCCCGGGGAAUGUGAUAUAACAGAGACAUCUGACAACCAGCAGCUUGUUUAAUGACUGUCUUAGUGCGGUUUCAGUGAUUGUAGAAAUGUAACAUGAUUACUCAAACACGUUCAAGAUGAUUUGAAGAGGAUUGUUUCCCUUCUUUUUAAAGGAUAAUUCAGGUUAAUUGGGAUGGAAAUACUGGAGUACAAAGCCCCGGACUUGGAUACAGCUGUUUUAACAAUCAGUGCAUGGCCACAGUCCAAACAGCAGUUACACUAUGAACCCUGUUCUUCUCCCGUUCAUCAGAAUGGCAGAAUUAACCAGCAUGUCACGACUUCUGCCGAAGUCUUUGCCUCUCCUUGUUCGGGCGGUGCUCAGCGUUCGACGUCACCGGUCUUCUAGCCAUCAUUGAUCCUUUUUUCAUUUUCCAUUGGUUUUGUCUUUUCUUCCCACACACCUGUUUUCUAUCCCAUUCAUUACCUGUUGUGUAUUUAACCCUCUGUUUCCCCUCAUGUCUUUGUCAGAGAUUGAUUUGUUGUCAGUGUAGUGUGAUUGUUUGUAUAGGUGCGCGUCGGGUCCUCGUACCCAUGUUUUGUUUGUUUGUACAUUUAUUGUUAUGGAGCAUACUCUUGGAACUUUAUUAAAAGACUCCAUAUUUACACUCCAUUUGACCCUCCUGCGCCUGACUUCCCUGCCACCUAUUACACCUAUGCGUGACACAGCAUAACUUAGAUGUCCACUCUACUGACCAUAAUAUUCACAAUGAAGUAAAGUUAAUCCUUUUCAUGUGACCUUUUGUUCAUUUUUAAGGGGAUACUUUGGGAUUUUGGCCCUUUAUCUACUUCCCCGGAGUCAAAUGAAUUUGUGGAUGCCAUAAUCAACAUCCAUGGCGCCUGGGGUACAGUGGGUUAACUGUUUCGCUCAGAACAACAGAUUUUUACCUUGUCGGCUCAGAGCAACCUUUUGGUUACUGGGCCAAAGCUCUAACCACUAGGCUACCUGCUGCCCCUGACUGGAAGUCUAUGGGUAUCUACUAGCAUGCUAGCAGAUAUUCAUAGACUCCUAGUCAGUGAGCUAACACUAGUUUGCAAUUGGGCUGGUUAGCAACUUCAUUCAAACUGCACGCAGAGACAUAAAUAUGGUAUCCACAAGUUCAUCUCACUCUGGGGAAGUCCCAAAGUACCCCUUUAAGACAAGGCUUCAUCAGAACGUUAUUAUACCAUGUGACUGUAGAGUGCAAUGUCACAGCAAGGUGAGCGAUAGGACAGUGUACUCACAUAGUGACAUCCAAGUCUUAUGCCAACUAGAAAUGAAUGAAGCAGGAUUUGUAUUUCACUUUGAUUGAACAUUUGAUAUGUCAUGGACAGCAGGAUAGCCUAGUCUGCAAGGGCUUUGAACUUAAUAUCCACACACAAGGUGUCCUUACACAAUGAAUGUAUGAGAACAAAUGAAUGAAUACAUACCUAAACUGAGAACGAUCAAAUAAGAUAUUGUAGUUCAAGUUGUUUGACACUGAAUAUUGUGCUUUGGGGUGACAAACGUCAAUUUGAAGAAUUACAGAUCAUGUACUGAGAUCUCAGAUACUGUGUUUAUUUAUGUAUCUGUUCCUUGGUGUAACAUUUUAUGGAUUUUAAAUUGUCAAAAUCAAAUCUUCUAAAGGCUAUUCCUUUUCAUUCUGUAUGAGUGAAAGCAUCACACUGCUUGUUUCACCGUUAUCUUCCACAAGAGGGCGCUUACUUACUGAGCUUAACGUAGCUACAUCAAUCACCUUCUGGUGUGAAAAGCUUUUCUAGUACAAGAUGUCGAUGGCAAUAAGCAACACUUUCAAACCUGUCGUCUUUCAUUUCAAAAUGUACAGUAACAGGGCCUGCCUGACGAGAAGGCCUCCUCCACACACGAAGGCAUGCGCACGCACACGCACGCACACGCACGUGCACGCACGCACGCACACACACACACACACACACACACACACACGUGAUGUACCUAUAUAUACAGUACACUUUACACUUUAGUGAUCAAAGGUACAGUAUAUGAAGUGUAUUUGAAAGUUGAGUAAUAUGCUCUGCAGUCUGAUCAACUCAUGAACUCAUUAACUGAUCAGUCUAAUCAACUCAUUAACUCCAUUAACUGAUCAGUCUGAUCCACUCAUUAACUGAUCAGCUACAGAUACUCCACAGCUGCUUUUGGUGCAUGUUUGUGUUUUAUACCCCUCAUAUCAGACGAGAGAACCAACAUUGAAUUCUUGCUGCUCCUUCAGUGAAGAUUGUUGAUAACAUAAAACACUCCAUUGAAGUCGGUCAAUAACGCUCCAGCAUGCUCUGGAUCUAAUCAACGGUGCUUUGCCACCUGUUCAGUCAACAAGAAACACUGUGUCCUCAUUUAGGGAACGUUUAGUGUGAGCUUAUGUGUUGUAACUCAUAUUCAAAAUGCAAGAGGACAACGUGUUCGUUUCAGACAUUGUCAUGUGUUGUCAACCAUCAACAUCUCAAGAAUCUCAUCAUGAAGCCGUCCCUAUAGUGCACAUUGUGUACCCAGAUAUACUAACUACUGUAACAGGCUUUGAGAACUUAAUGCUAUGAGUAUGAGUUCUGUGUCUUAUAGGUAAUGUAAGCCUUUGUUCUGGUUUGCAUUUAGCUGAAUGAUUGUGAGAAGGACAAAAUAAAUAGGCCUUAUAAACAUAUUAGUACCCCAUGGCCUUGAUGAGCUCUUAAGGACAUGUCAGACAUCCUGGCUAUAAACAAACUUGAUGUUGAACAGGACGACUCCGCUUGGAAGUUGGGUUUCUAAAGAUUGAAAAUGUGUCUGCUGUCUUCUCUAGUUCUCAUCGCUUUUUCAUUUAGAUCUCUGUCUAGCCAGCUGCCAGAUGAUGUAGCCUGGCCGGCUGCAUGCCAUGUUAGAGAUAGUCAGUCACAAUCAGUCAGUAUCAGAGGGGAGUGUGACAGCUCGAACACACUUCACACAGGGUCAAUUUGAUUUCUAAGAAAUGGAGGGACGGACCAACACAAACGGACCUUGUUGCAUGCGAGUGCCUCAGAGCUCUGUCUCACAGUGUUGGCCAUUGUGUGGCCUGCCAUGGAGCAGGGUCCUGGCUGCAUCUGGGAACGGGCUUCCAGACCCUUACAUCUGCUGGACACUAACAAAGACUCAUAGAAAACGUCUCAUACCACAAGAUGGUUCUUCCUGGACCGUUUUAUUCUUCAUCUUGUAAAUAAAGAAACGAGGCGGAGUAGAAAGAUGUUUAGUGUCUGUCCAUUCCUUCCAUGUCUUAGCUUUGACCCUGGGUGCCAUGUCACUCUGGCCAGUAAGUUGAACCCAUAUGUCUGACAAAUGUUUCCUCCUCCUGGUUCUAAAACUAGUUAACGGACACUUCUCUCAUUUGGCUGUUUGCUUCCUGACGACGUAGUCUUAGCCCAACAUGAAGUCAGCGGCCACCAGCCCUGCACCGGGGGAUGAGAGUAAGAUUGUCCCUCUUCCCCAAGGCUGGAGAUGUUACAAGUCACCCGAGGGAUGCAGGUACUAUGUCAACACCGGCAGCAAAGAAACAACAUGGGAACGGCCCUCUGCUACUUAUGGAACCCCAGUGAGACCACCAGCACAAAGAAACUCCUUACCAGAAGUCAAUGGAACACCUUAUACCACAGGAAGUGCUAUGCAUCCCACGGACCCCCCUGGCGUGCCCCUACGGAGAACCACUAUGGACAAACAGAACCCGGGGAACAAUUCGCCAGCUAAGAGGCAGAACAAGGAGAUCAAGGAGACCAAGAUAACAAUCAACUGUGUCACCUUCCCGCUGCCCAGUGUGAUGCCAGAUCAACCAGAGCAGCAGCUACUGAAGCCCAAUGAGUGGAGCUACUGUGACUACUUCUGGACUGACAAGAAGGACCCCCAAGGGACCCCCUCUGUGGGCGGCUUUGAGGUGCUGCUGCAGAAACAGCUCAAGGGCAAACAGAUGCAGAAAGAGAUGGCUGAGUUCGUCCGGGAGAGGAUAAAGAUUGAAGAUGAAUACUCUAAGAACCUCUCCAAGCUCUCCCAGAGCCCCUUGGCUGCUCAGGAGGAAGGAACCCUUGGGGAAGCUUGGGCCCAGCUGAAGAGGAGUUGUCAUGAUGAGGCUGAAGUCCACCUAAAGUUCUCCAAUAAGCUCCAGUGUGAGGUGGAGAAGCCCCUGCUGACGUUCAGAGACAACUUCAAGAAGGAGUUGAAGAAGUACGAUCACCACAUCAUAGACCUCAGGAAGCAGCUGGCCAGCCGCUAUGCAGGUGUGGAGAAGGCCCGUAAAGCCCUGGCAGACCGGCAGAAAGAUCUGGAAGUGAAGACCCAGCAGCUGGACAUCAAGCACAUGAACAAACACGAGGAGGACAUCAAGAAGGCCCGGCGGAAAUCCACACAAGCAGGUGAUGACCUGAUGCACAAUGUGGACCUGUACAACCGGGCCCAGUCCAAGUGGUUUGAGGAGAUGGUCACCACAAGCCUGGAGCUGGAGAGACUUGAGGUUGAGAGGGUGGAGAUGAUACGACAGGAUUUACGCCAGUACACAACGCUGCGACAUGAAACUGACAUGUUCAACCAAAGUACGGUGGAGCCAGUGGAUCAGCUGCUUCAGAGUGUGGACCCAGCCAAAGACCGAGAGCUGUGGGUGCAGGAACACAAGACCGGGGAUCUCCGCCCUGUGGACAUGGACAUAUAGUUAACUACACUGACGUACCUCAAGCAGCCAGAGGCAACACCUCCACCUCCAUACUGUCAGAAUCCCACCCAGUCCUCUCACAGAACAUUCCAACUACAGCUACAGGUGCAGGUGCAUGUGUGUUCAGGAUAAGGUGAGGCCUGUACAUUAUGUCUAUGAUGACAUCAGAAUAGCACAAUGUUAUCUCAAUGAUAACUGGAGAAAAGUUAGCAUUCCCAAUGCAGUGCUUUUGAACCUACAAUGGAAAAACAAGAGAUAAAUAGUCCAAAUACCAGCAUGUUACACUAAUACAAUGUUUGAUAGUUUUACUCUGUAUAAUGAAUGCCAGUAAACAAGCUUAAACAAUAAUUUUGUUUUUUAUCUGUUACCCUGUUAAGAAGGAUACAUUUUUAUGUAUUUGAGGAAUAGAUUGGAUGCAUUGUAAAACCUUAGAAUUUUGGCAUAUAAACUGAACAACUAAUUAUUAACAUUUCACUUUAUUUUAGAUACUGGAAUAUGAAACAUUAUGUGAUAUCCUAGAUUAAAUAUGAUAUAUUUUCAUAUUUACGUCCAUUCAUUUGACCUGUCAAGAUAUGCAUGUUUUGGGAAAAUAUCUUACAUUUACUGUAUAUGGUUAAGUGCAUAUUUGUGAAAUAUGAUGGCUGUCUUGGCACUGUAGUACAAUGUAUAUGGGAUGUGUUUACAGAAAGUAUAUACCCCAAGUUACUGCACUCAAUGAACAAGAGUGAAUCAACUCAUUAAGGUUUGUCAUGAACAUUAAUUUAUGUACAACAACCUCUCUCUAAGUUGAAUAGGGUAAGAUGUUUAGGAUUGUGAAACAGCAUGUCUGUCACACGUCACCUCGUGUGGCAGAUUGGAACAUAGGCCUGAGUCUAUUUUGGAUCUGUGGUGAGACAAUGAUGACGACGAUCCAUGUUACAAUGAACACCUUUUAGUGCCUCAAGGUUAUAAACAGUACCUGGAAUGUUCAUGAUAUAUUCUAUUCUGCAUCAGUGUAUAUUUGUAGAUACAAGCUGGAUGUAUUUAGCUGUUAACUGUUUAAGUGGUCUUGCACUUUGGGUCAACUAAAUGUUUGUACCUUGUUGUUUGCACUUUGUGAGUCAACCAUUGCUUAGAGUUGGGAAUUGCUAUUUUGCAUUUAUCCUAAAUACAGUCCAUUUUGUAUUUCCAGGAGUGCUUUGUAUUUCCAGGAGUGCUUUGUAUUUCUAGGAGUGCUUUGUAUUUCUAGGAGUGCUUUGUAUUUCCAGGAGUGCUUUGUAUUUCUAGGAGUGCUUUGUAUUUCUAGGAGUGCUUUGUAUUUCUAGGAGUGCUUUGUAUUUCUAGGAGUGCUUUGUAUUUCUAGGAGUGCUUUGUAUUUCUAGGAGUGCUUUGUAUUUCUAGGAGUGCUUUGUAUUUCUAGGAGUGCUUUGUAUUUCUAGGAGUGCUUUGUAUUUCUAGGAGUGCUUUGUAUUUCUAGGAGUGCUUUGUAUUUCCAGGAGUGCUUUGUAUUUCUAGGAGUGCUUUGUAUUUCUAGGAGUGCUUUGUAUUUCCAGGAGUGCUUUGUAUUUCUAGGAGUGCUUUGUAUUUCUAGGAGUGCUUUGUAUUUCUAGGAGUGCUUUGUAUUUCUAGGAGUGCUUUGUA